AUGUGGGGGAGCCAAGGAUGCUCCCAGAUGCAGUAUGAAGGAGCUGUUAAGGAGGCCGGAAGGGGUCAGACAAUUUGGGACACAUUUGCCCACUCUUUUGGAAAAGUAAUUGACUUUAGCAAUGCAGAUGAAGCAAAUAAUCAAUACCACCUCUACUCUGAAGAUGUGCAGCUGAUGAAAGACAUGGGGAUGGAAGCCUACAGGUUCUCAAUUUCUUGGUCCAGGAUUUAUCCAAAUGGAACAGGGGAAAUAAACCAAGCUGGAAUAGAUCAUUACAACAAUCUCAUCAAUGCUUUGCUAGACCAAGGAAUUCAACCAUAUGUGACACUCUAUCACUGGGACCUCCCUCAAAGCCUGGAAGACAAAUAUAAUGGAUGGCUGAGCCCUCAAAUCAUAGAAGACUUUGCAACAUAUGCCGAGACGUGCUUUAAGGCGUUUGGUGAUCGGGUGAAGCACUGGAUCACUUUAAACGAGCCGCAUACGGUUUCUACUCAAGGAUAUGAUGCCGGGCUUCAGGCUCCGGGCCGGUGUUCGAUUCUCCUCCAUGCGUUCUGCAGAGCUGGGAACUCGGCAACCGAGCCGUAUAUUGUUGCUCAUAAUUUGCUCCUCUCGCAUGCGGCCGUGGUGGAUAUUUAUAAGAGAAAAUACAAGCCAAAACAAGGAGGAUCGAUAGGAAUAUCGUUGGACUCGUUUUGGUACGAACCGGCAACAAAUUCCCCUGUUGAUGUUCAAGCAGCACAAAGGGCGAUCGAUUUUAACUUGGGCUGGUUUUUGGAGCCUCUAAUUGUUGGAGACUAUCCAAAUGCAAUGAGAACAAGAGUCGGAAGCCGGCUGCCAACAUUUUCACCGUCACAGUCUGCUCAGGUCAAGGGCUCGUUCGAUUUCAUAGGCAUAAAUCACUACACAACGUGGUUUGCAAGAGAAAACAAAGUAGACAUAAUCAAUGUCUUGCUCAACGACACACUUUCAGACUCCGGCGCCUUUUUGAUUUAUUUGUACGAGCAGGCGAAUUCCGUUUGGCUGUAUAUCGUGCCUCGUGGGAUAAGAAAUUUGAUGAAUUACAUUAAGCAGAAAUAUGGCAACCCGCUUGUACUAAUAACUGAGAACGGAAUGGAUGAUGGAAACAGCCUGUUUAAGUCCAUCAAAGACGCUCUAAAGGAUGAGAAGCGUAUUAAGUAUCACAACGACUAUCUAACGAACCUCUUAGCUGCUAUAAAUGAGGAUGGUUGCAACGUGAGAGGCUAUUUCGCGUGGUCGUUGCUAGACAACUGGGAAUGGGCAGCUGGAUACAGUUCACGGUUUGGAUUAUACUAUGUGGAUUAUAAGGACAACAUGAAGAGAUAUGCUAAGGAUUCUGUCAAGUGGUUCAAGAAUUUCUUGGCUUCUUAG